AUGUUGUCAACAGAUGAGCUUUAUGAGCUAACAAUAACUCGUUACAUUCCGAGUGAGGUGGAUUCGAUUGAAAUCCCGCGAGCUGUGCCCGAUGCGUUACAAUAUGAGCCGAUAUUGGAAGCCGGCGAUGUUCCGAUUCAUGAGCCGAUUGACGAGGCCGUCGAAUUGCUCGAGAAUCUCAAAAAGUCGACGGCGAACGAUCUCGGCAACAAUGCGAAGUGGGACGGUUUAAAAAUUCAGAGUAUGCGAUGGACUGGAACAAAUCGAGCAACCGAACUCGAUCUUUUGGAUUACAUUAUUCAUAGCAUUGAUAAUCGGCCGAAACAGCUUCACCUAUUCUCGCGAAAUGUUCACGACGGCGAUGUGGCGAAAAUGAUUGAAAAGUGCAUUUCGGUGGCGUCGCCACUCUCGAAUCAGUCAUUAUUUCGAUUGACAUUUCUCACCGCAAUCGAUUUGAAGCAACUUCUCGUCGAAAUUGACCAAUUGCAAAUGAUCAUUCCGGGGUUUACGAAAACAAAGGGUUCUGUUAUUGGAUUGUAUAAAAAUCACAACGGGACAGCCCGUCUGGCCACUCGCGAUGUAAACUCUUACGCAGAUGUUGAACGCUUACUAAAUCCAUUCAUACCGUGUUUGAGCACAUAUACGCGUCUGGAGUUUUUCAUUGAAGGGCGAAGGCAUGCUCGUGUGAAUGUGACAUUUCAAAACGAAUAUAUCAACGAACGACGAGUGAAGACAAUCGAUAUUGAGCAAUCUAUUCGACCAGUGUUCGAUAGAGUUCGUCGAGUGACGUUCGAUAUGUCUAGAAAUAUAAUUCAUGAGUUUGAAAUUUCCGACGAGGAGCCAUUCAUUCCGCUGUCUCGUUCUAAACGAUUACCCCUUGAUUUGUUAGCAGAGUUAGUGGUUGCGUUCAACAAAGCCUUCACAGUUCCUAAUAAGCAUCUUCUGAAUCGCUGCACAACGUCUGCACGACUUUUCCGAGUGACGUCCCGCUGUGCACGACGUGCUAUAGUGCCGCUAGCAUGUGAUUUCGGAGAUGGCCUAACUAAAAAUUCGGCCACUUGCAACUGA